GUGAGAGCAACAAUAGCUGUUCUUCUGUACAAAAUUUUACAGGUUUGAACUUCACCUCUGAAAUGACUAGUCAAGAAGCCUGUCCUUUCAAAAAUCUAUUCAAAGACCUGCUGAAGGACCUUGGAGUAUCAGAGGAGAAAUUACAAGCCACAGAGACACGACUCAACGCUCUUGAAAACAAAAUGCAAGAGGUGCUGUCCAGACUUGCUAACAGUGAAGCUCAGAUUGAGAAAAUCAAAAUGGAAAACAGUGUCAUACCAACGGUGGCAUUUUCAGCUGCACUAGGGAGCGGUGGUUUCUUUGGACCAUUUAACACAAAUGUAACACUGGUUUACAAGAAUGUCUUGAUGAAUGUUGGUGAUGCCUACAACAAGACCACAGGGAUUUUCACAGCACCGGUACUGGGAGUAUACUAUUUCAGCUUCUUCUACCAUUGUCAAGCUGAUCAGCCGACACUGUUGGCCUUGUUUAGAAAUGGAAAGCAAGUAGCAACAACAAAACAUCACAAGAGUAGCUGUUACACAGAGAAUGGAAGCAAUGGUGUAACGCUGCAGUUAGACAAAGGGGAGCAGGUCUAUAUUGUGCUCGGGAAGAACUCAAGGAUCUGGGAUGAGAGCAGUGUCACCACUGUGUUUACUGGGUUUCUAAUCAAUGCCAUGUAAAUAAAGUACACAUAACAAACAUAACAGCUAUGCAAUUAGUUUACAGAUUAAGGUGAAAUAUCAGGUUACUUAAUUCAGUCUUUGUUUGUUGAAAAUACAACAUUGCAUUCUGCGAAGGGAUCGUUUUGUGUGAACUAUAUUGUGUAUUUGUAAUAAGAAUAAUCACUCUAGAUGAAUGAACCUGGAUGAUACAUCUAGAUUAUUAGUCUAAAUAUAUUCACAGUAUAUUCAAAUGAUAAACCACUGUAAAAUCAUCUGUUGUUAAUUUUUGCUGAAAAUAUUUA